AAUUAACCUGACUCCUUCACAAUCUCUCUCUCUCUCUCUCUCUCUCUCUCUCUCUCUCAAUCCUCUCGCCAAGCGGGCAAAAACAAAAAGACAAUGUCCUACCUCCGAUCCGCCCGCCUCACCUACCGCGCCCUGGAAGACACCCCGGACGACGAAGACUUCCUGCACGCCAUCCAAUCCGACCCCGAAGCCUACGCUAACUCGACGCCCGCCCUACCAAAGCCCCAAGCCAAGCGUGACACCAUCAAUGGGUACAAGAAAUCCCUGAUGGAGCGGGCGCUGCUGGCGGCGAUCAUCGUGCUGCCGCAUGCCGCAUCGAGUGCCGAAUCCCCUGCCUCGAAUUCUGCAGAAGAUAGUCAGAAGACACAGACCCAGACGACAACCCCCGGCACCCCAAUUGGAGUGAUCUCCCUCCGCCGCGAAGGCGGGGACUACGCCCACCACCGCGGCACCUCCAUCACCAUCGACAUCGCCCGCCCGUACCGCGGCCAGGGGUACGGCAGCGAGGCGAUCAACUGGGUGCUGCACUGGGCGUUCCGGCGCGCGGGGCUGCAUCGCGUGGAGAUCCAGGCCCUCGCGUACAACGAGGGGGCGGUGCGGUUGUAUGAGCGGUUGGGGUUCACGCUCGAGGGGCGCCGGCGGGAGGCAUUCUGGCACGAUGGGAGGUGGUAUGAUGAUGUGGUGUUUGGGAUGCUGGAGCGGGAGUGGGAGGCGCGGCAGGCACGGGUGCAGUCGGCGUAGACGGGGAGAUGAUGAGAUGAAGGCCUAUGAUGGAAAGGGGAUUAUAGAACUCUGUUGUUGGAUUCAGCCCCGUGAUGUCUCCGAUCGGGGUUCCCCUUGGCUCUGUGCGGAAGCAUACUGCCUCGAUAACCAUGAAUGUAUAUACUCAUUGAGGGGACACGAAAGC